AUGUCAAGUAGCAGCAGCAGUAGUAGUAGUAGUACAAGUGCUUCGUGCAAGAUUUCCAUGUUGUGGAAUUGGUACACUAUUGAUUCAUGUUUUCUUGCAAGAUCGUGGCAUGUAAGGUCAAAGAGCAUGUUUGCUGGAAGUUGUAUUGGGGUUUUCUUCUUUAUAUUGGCUUACUAUUGGGUUCACAGAGUCGUCAAAGAGUACGAUAAUGCUAUUGUUGAUUACAAGACUGCUCAAUUACAGAUUGUUUGUGAUAAUGUCGACAAUUGCGAGAAUGAAAAAAUCAAUCACUCUUGGUUAUUUACAGCUAAAAAAUCACAUAAUGCAGAUGAUGUGGUGAUUAUGCCCAGUAUUGCUGAACAUUCACUAAAAUCAUUGUUUUUUAUGGUGGAAUGGACUUGUUCUUAUUUAAUUAUGUUGUUAUGGAUGUAUUAUAAUGGUUAUAUUAUUAUCACUUGCAUAUUGGGUUGUUUCUUUGGCAAAUUACUUUUCGGAUAUGAGCCUUUAGCAGUGGUGAAUAAGAAAUCUUUUACCAAAGUAGCUGCCCCAGUUUCCAAGUGUUGUUGUUAA